UCUAAUAAGAUUGUCCUAGCCCCUUCCCCUAAGCCCUCAAAACCAACUGUCAGAAUCCCCUCAUCUCUAUAUAUAGUUGUUACAACAUGGUCUACUUGAAAAAAAGAGAGUCCAUUUUAACAAACACUCUUCCAAUGAUUUCUUCAUCAUAUGCAACAACAACAACAACAAUGCAUGAUAAAACACAAGUUGAUCAAGAAACAUCUCUUGUCUUUGAUUUCCUUAAAAAUAAUUCAAACAUUCCUCAACAAUUCAUAUGGCCAGAUGAUGAAAAACCAUGUCCUCAGCCAUCACCACCAUUACAUGUUCCUCCAAUAGACUUGAAUGGCUAUCUCUCCGGUGACCCCUUCGCGGUCUCCAAUGCCACUCGCCUUGUCAAUGAGGCAUGUCGAAAGCAUGGCUUCUUCCUAGUUGUUAACCAUGGCAUCGAUACGAAGCUCAUCAAUGAAGCUCACAAGAAUAUGGAUUUCUUCUUUGGGAAGCCCCUUGUUGAAAAGGAAAGAGCAAAGAGAAAAGUUGGUGAUUAUUCUGGUUAUGCUAGUAGCUUUACUAGUAGGUUCUCUUGCAAUCUUCCUUGGAAAGAAACACUUUCUUUUAGAUAUUCUGCUGAGUUCCCCUUUUCAAAUCAUAUAAUCCAAAGUUACAUCUUGAAUACCAUGGGCCAAGAGUACACUCAUUUUGGGGAUGUGUACCAAAAAUACUGUGAAGAAAUGAGCAAGCUUUCCCUUAGUGUGAUGGAGCUUCUAGGGGAGAGUCUUGGAGUGGGAAGAGCAUAUUUCAGAGAGUUUUUUGAAGGAAAUGAUUCAAUAAUGAGAUUGAAUUAUUACCCAAUUUGCCAGAAGCCUGAUUUGACUCUAGGGACAGGACCUCACUGUGAUCCUACUUCCUUAACCAUCCUUCAUCAAGAUGAUGUUGGUGGCCUUGAAGUCUUUGUGGAUGAAAAAUGGCACUCUGUUCCUACUAAUACUAAUGCUUUUGUGGUCAACAUUGGUGAUACAUUCAUGGUAAUGUCAAAUGGGACAUACAAGAGUUGCUUGCACAGAGCAGUUGUAAACUGUAGAAGAACAAGGAAGUCAUUGGCAUUUUUCCUAUGUCCAAAGAAGGACAAGGUAGUAAGCCCACCAAAAGAGUUGAUUGCUAGGAAUCUACCAAGGAAGUUCCCUGAUUUCACAUGGCCAGUUUUUCUUGAAUUCACUCAGAAACAUUACAGAGCUGACAAAAAUACUCUUGAUGCCUUUGUGCAUUGGCUUCUACACAAAAACUCCUAAACACAUAAUUACAACUACAUAUCAAUAUAUUAUAUAUAUAUAUGUCCUUUUAUUUGUAUUUGUACUAUUAAGGUUUUGAACUUUAAUUUAGCUACAAGAAAAGAACAAUUACGACGGAGAAUCUUAGUAGCUCAGUUGGUUGACUACUUGAAUUUUCACCUUGCCGGUGAGGGUACGAUUCCGACCUUGUAAUCCCCUUCCCCUUCCCUACCCCCAAUUUUAAGAAAUAAAAAUUACAGCUGUCCAAAGAGAAUCUUCUUGUAACAUACUACGUAUGAUUUGAGCAGCUA